AUGGAAAAUGUAACCUCGUUAAACGAACACAAUGCGGCCUCUCCAGCAGCUACGCUUCAAUUAACCUGCAUGUUGAAGUUUGUAGUAUUGCAAACUGGUUCCUCGUUUUUAGAUCUUCCCACAUCGAUUGUCAGUAUUGUAUCUGCCAUCCUUGCAAUCAUGGGGAACACUUUAAUCUUGAUAUCUUUGUGUAGGACAGCUUCAAUUGCUCCGCCUUCUAAAGUACUUCUGGGUAGUCUGGCCUUAACAGAUCUAGGUGUGGGGCUGCUCGCGCAACCAUUGUACAUCGUGAAGAGUCUCUCCUCCGACAAAGACACAAAAUGUUUCCUUGGUUUACUCUUCGAUCUGUUGUCUGGUCAUCUCUCGAUCACUUCCUUCUUUACAAUGAUGUUUAUUAGCGUCGAUAAGUUCCUGGCGUUACAUCUAAAGCUACGCUAUCGAAUUGUUGUUACGCUCAAGCGCUCGAUUCUUGUUGUCGUUCUCGUUAGACUGGUUGCCUUGCCAUGGUCUCUGUCAUACAUCUGGUUUUCUGAAGUUUACUUCAUGUUAAUAUUAUCGAUUAUGCCAUGGUGUUUAUUGAUCUCCUCCCUUGCCUUUAUCAAAAUCCAUCGUAUCCUUCGACGACAGAAAAGGACAUAUCAAAACGAAACGCAGCUGGAAUCUGUGCGUCGAGCCAACAUCCUUAAAAUAUCCAGAUACAAGAAAUCAGUCAACAGCAUGUUAUUCGUUUUCUGUGCGCUGUUGAUUGCAUACGUUCCCGCGUGGAUGGUGAUUUUAUUACGAACCAUCUACGGGAAUACCGAGAUUUUGAAAAUGGCCACGAAAUUGACAAUGACUCUUAUACUUAUGAACUCCGCCUGCAAUCCCAUCUUAUACCUGUGGAGGAUGGAAGAUCUGCGUGUCGCUGCUUUACAAGCACUCGAGGGUUUAAUCCCAAAAUCACAUUUUAUGAGCACAUCGACAAAUACUAUCGAGAGUUUUGAGUUACAAGUUGAUUGA